AUGGACAUCCACGCGCUGACGAUUCGGACCUCUACCAUGACUGACGCGGAGAGGGCGGGCUACUUCCUGACAGAGGUGCUUCUGAACAACGUCGCGCAGUGGCUCCGUCAUGGGGGGUCCGCGUCGGAGGCCGUCUUCUUCGUUGCCGAGAACGCGCCACCGCUUCUGCGGUUGCCAGAGGAGGUCGAGGAUUGCGAGAUCGGCCCCGCGUGCGCCAAGGCCCUCAGCGAUUGCGAACGCAUCUUCGCCGUGCUGGCCCUGAUGAACGACAUCAGGAUUCCCGAGUCCACGCCCGCGCACGUGUUUGACGACAUCGAGUUAUUCGUGGUUUCCCAGGCGAGUGGUGGCGGCAGUGACAUCUGGACCGUGGUGGCCAGGGCGGCCGACGACAGCACGCUGUGGCAGCACAAGGUGGCCAGCUUGCGCAAGACCGCGAAGGUAUGCAAGCACUUCUACCCCGAUAUCACGAAGGUCUCCCAGGCGCUGGAGGUGAUCGGCGAUCAGCCCACAGUGGAGGCGUCGGAGGGCCUGGCCGAAGCUGCAACGAAGCUGGAAUGGUUCGAGAAGGAGAUUGGGACGGAGCCAGUGGAGAAGCUCUCAUCGGCAAUAUUGGCAAAAUUUAUCUCUCACGUGAACGCCUUGCCGACUGGGGCGGGCGUUGAGGACAUCCCGAUGGCGACGACGGUCGUCGAUAAGUACGUGGAGCUCGGGCAGUGCAUCUCCAGGGUCAUGCCUUUGGAGGACAAGGUCGCUGCGGCGAGGGAGGUCAUCCUACGUGCGAAGUCGUCGUUGGCGGUGCAGGCGUCGGCCAAGAAGGCGUCUGCCUCCAUCGAGAUGUUCAAGACUGGCGAGUGUUCGUCCGAGGACGUUCGGAGCAACCUCGUGCGCAUGACGAAGGCAUCGGGGGGCGGCGGCGAUGACGCCAACAAGAUUAGCGACGAGGCCGCGAGCAUCAUCGACACGAUCAUCAGGAAGCCGUUCGACACAGUGCUGGCUGAUGUGAAGAACCUUGCGGCGCUUGCUAAGGAGGCGGCGGGGCACGUGAGUCCGCCGCGCUCCGACUGGGCAGCAGGCGCCGCGAAGCUGCUGGAGCGCAUGUCCGACUUGCGCAACGCGGCGUCGGCGAUGGGCAACCCCGAGGACGGUUUGGAGGCGAUCAUCCACCAGGCCGACUUCGAUAAGAAGCUGUCGACGCUGAGCCGCGCCAUCAAGAUGUUCGACACGGUGACAGUGGUCAAGGCCGAUGAUGACCUUGCAUUGGCAACCCUGCAAGGUGAGGCGAAGCUGUGGCGCAACAAGCACGACGAGACCCGCACCUCGAUGAUGACGAAGCACUUGGAGAUACUGAACUCGAACAUCGGCCUCCUCGGUAACACAGUCGUGACCCUCUCCAAGUCGGCUGAGGCAGAGCAGUUCCUGACGGAGCUCGAGCAUGCGCUCGACCUCAAGAGCGUCAUGAAGGCGUUCAACGCCACCAUCUCGGCCUACCAGUUUGACGACAUGGACAAGGCAAUCACAUCCCUCGUGAAGGCGACGGCGGCGACCUCCGAGCUGGAGGGGAAGGCAAAGGAGCACAUGAGCUACGAUGCCCAGAAGGAUGCCAUCACCACUGCGCAGGGCAUCGCAGACCUCGCCUACGUGGUGAUGUUCCGCGGGAGAGUCGCCAGGGCGUGGCACGGAGUGUCGAACACUGACACGGCGAAGGUCCGCUCGAGCUUGGUGGACGCCCAGAAGAGCAUGGGCAAGCACGGCGUCACCCCCAGCAAGGUGCUGGGUGCCGUGCUCACGGGCGUGUUCCGCAAGGGCCUCCGUUCGGAGGUGGUAUCGUGA